CAUUUCCCAUGGUGCACCGCUGCUGUCACAACAACAACACUUCGCCAUUUCAGGUUUAGGGGGGCCUAAACUCCCGCGAAGGAUUUAGGUAAAACGAGCCUAGGUGCCACAGUGUCCGUUUUUUCAUUGACAACAUAUCUUACAUCCUCUCUAUCGCCAAACGGCUUCGUUAUUGUGGUCCGAUGCAUGUUAUUUGGUUGGUGCGAAUGAGCUUUUCCAGCGUGGGCCCGGGCUGAAGUGUCAAGUGUCUGUUGUCGGAUUUUCCUGCUAACAGCUAGCUAGCUAGUAAGCUAGCUGGGUGUAAACAAAAAGGAUGAAGCGGAUCAAAGGAGUAGAGGAGGGCAGCAACAGCUCCUCCAGUAAGAGCCCACCGGAGCCUUGCAAGAAGGUUCGGAAGCAGACGAGCGAUGAGUUAGAGGCAGUGGUGGCCAGUGAGUCAACAGAGAGUGACUGGGCACGACUGCCUCAGGAGCUACUGCUACACAUCUUUCAGUACCUUCCACUGCUGGAUCGGGCUUAUGCCUCUCAGGUGUGUCGCACGUGGAACCAGGCCUUCCACAUGCCCGAGCUGUGGAGAUGCUUUGAGUUUGAGCUUAACCAGCCAGCAAGCUCUUACCUAAAAGCCACACAUCCAGACCUCAUCAAGCAGAUCAUAAAGAGGCACUCCAACCACCUGCAGUAUGUCAGCUUCAAGGUUGACAGUAGUACAGAAUCUGCAGAAGCAGCAUGUGACAUCCUUUCACAGUUGGUGAAUUGCUCUCUGAAGACCUUGGGGCUCAUCUCUACAGCCAGGCCCAGUUUCAUGGAGGUUCCCAAGUCUCAUUUCAUCUCAGCUCUGACUGUGGUGUUUGUCAACUCCAAAUCGUUGUCUUCGCUGAAGAUUGACGACACGCCGGUGGACGAUCCGUCUCUGAAGGUGCUGGUGGCCAAUAACAGCGACACCCUGAAACUGCUGAAGAUGAGCAGCUGCCCUCACGUCUCCCCAGCAGGGAUCCUGUGUGUGGCAGACCAGUGUCACGGCCUGAGAGAGCUAGCACUAAACUACCAUCUAUUGAGUGAUGAACUCCUGCUGGCCCUCUCCUCUGAGAAACACGUCCACCUGGAACACUUGCGGAUCGACGUGGUGAGUGAGAACCCUGGCCAGCAUUUCCACACCAUCAAGAAGAGCAGCUGGGACGCCAUGGUGCGACACUCGCCCAAAUUCAACCUGGUCAUGUACUUCUUCCUUUAUGAGGACGAGUUUGGCCCUUUCUUCAAUGAGGAGGUCCCGGUCACGCACCUCUACUUUGGUCGCUCAGUCAGUAAGGAGGUCUUGGGCCGCGUUGGCCUCCACUGCCCUCGUCUGGUGGAGCUGGUGGUGUGCGCCAACGGCCUGCGUCCUCUGGACGAGGAGCUGAUCCGCAUCGCCAAGCACUGCACCCAGCUGUCGGCCAUCGGCCUGGGCGAGUGCGAGGUUUCCUGCAGCGCAUUUGUGGAGUUUGUCAAGAUGUGUGGCCGGAGGCUUUCCCAGCUGUCCAUCAUGGAGGAGGUGCUGAUUCCAGAUCACAAAUACUCCCUGGAUGAGAUCCACUGGGAGGUUUCUAAGCACCUGGGCCGGGUCUGGUUCCCAGACAUGAUGCCGACCUGGUAGAGUGAAGCCAAAGAGGCACACAUACCGGUAAUUUAAGUACGUCUAGUUUGUGGUGUGGAAUAUUCAUGGCCUCCAUGUUUGCAAAGAAAAGCCUUUUUUAAAUGCUCGGCUGUAGUGAAAUGUUUGCUGCUAACAUGGAGAGCAUGAACCUGCUGAACUCCUGUGUGGCGUCCAGGACAGGGAUGUAAUGUGGCGCCUGACUGCUACACAAAGUGAUCAUGUCAUGCAAACACCACAACAAUCUCUGCCUGAUAGCUUCAAAGUAGACUGUAGAAUCCUACUUUGCCUAGUCUGGAGACAGAACAAGCCUGCUUCUUCACAUAUUAAACACUCAGCACAGGUGGAAAUAUUUUACUAAAUAAAACAAUGUUUUUAAAACCGCAAAUUGAGGUGUGUGUGUGUGUGUGUGUGUGUGUGUGUGUGUGUGUGUGUGUGUGUGUGUGUGUGUGUGUGUGUGUGUGUGUGUGUGUGUGUGUGUCAUUGGGGACAAUUAAGUGCACAAUUGCAUUGUAACACUAUCACUUGGCCUACUUAAGUCCAGUCUGAGAUAUCAGCUCUGCAUUCUAAAAGAAUAUGGCAUCGGAGGUUUCCAAAUGGCUGCGAUGUUAUUUGUACAUAGUAUGUGACAGAAAGUGUUCUGUAAGGGGUAGUCGAGGUGGAGGACUCACUUAAUUAUGCAGAAGAGUCAUUGUGUCCUACACCUCCUUUUUAAACUAAUUUAUUGAUAAAGAGCAGCGGUAGCGUUGACAACAUCUUGCUUUUCCUUCUCGCCCAAGCUCGAUCAAAAAAAAGCAAACACGAUUGUUGAAAAUGUUAAAAGUUGGCCAGGAGAGAAAGUGAAAUGCGUAUGGACUGUUAGGUCUCGAUCUUUGUGACGUGAAGGUGUGCAGUGUCUAUUGAUACUUGUCAUUUUAUUUUCUCCAGAUUAUGCAGAUUCUCUUUCUUUUCUGCAUCCUGUAUCAAAUGGCUUGACAAAUUGAUUUCUCGGUUUCAUUUUAAAGAAGGUUUCUGUACAGUCAUAGAUUUCCUAAGCACCUACCAAAUGAUAGCUAGGACAAAACAAGCCAUUUUGCCCUGAUGAAUGCAAGGAAACAAUCUUUAUAAUGUUCCAAUUUGAGUUUAUUUAUUAUUGGUUGGACCCAGAUGUUAAUGAUUAUGAACACUGUACUGGGCUUCUGUUGAAUCUGAUACAGAGGACAGUAUAUGAAGUAAUAAAGCUAUCAUUGCUAAUAAAAAAACAACCGAGAACUAGUUCUAUGUAAAUACAGAUUAUGUGUCUCAGGUGCAUUUAAUGAAUAUAUUUCUAUUAAUAGGUUUCAUUUGUAUCUUCUAUUAGCCUGUUCAAGCUCUAAACGUUAACAUGUUGUGAAUAUCUGCCCUUCUAUUAGCCCACGUUUGCUCUGUAUCGUGUUACCACAUCGUACAUACAGGAGAGGAAGCAGUAUUCAUCUUGUCAUUACAAACACUGUCUCUACAGAUAUCGCUAGCGCUCCUGUCCAAAACAUCCAUUCAUUUCAGUCGAAAGAGAUUUGGCAAGUCGGAUGAGUGAAACUAUUUUUUUUUUCCUUUAAGAAGGAAGUCGAAUGCACCUGUAUAUAAAACGCUGUGUGUUUUAUUAUGAAUAGAAAUGUACCCAUUUCUUUUAUUUUGCCCUCUGUCGGGGUUUGGAGUUUCCUUAACCAACAGCUCGUGUCUUUUUAUAAAGAAUCAGAGUGCGAGUUAUCCCUUAUUAGAUGGAUCUUUUUCAUACUGUAGAACAUACACUAGAGGAGAUAAGCUGUGUAAUCUAUUGAUAUGGAUACUGCUUUUGUAAUUUAAUUUGUGAUUUUUCCCUUAUAUAAAAGAAACCAUCAUUAUAACCAGCAAGCCAACCAGCAGCAAGAUUAGUUUUUUUUGACACUUCCACCUCUGUCACUAUGAUUUUGUUGCAUGUCGGUGGUCCAAAUGUUUUGUGUCCACUGCCGCAAGCUUUUCAUCAUUCAUGAACACCGAGGAGAGAUUUAAACAAGUAAUUUAUUCCAAAACAAAACCACCAAAACUGAAAGUUACACUUCAGUUAGUAAAUCAACCCCUGCUGGAAAAAGGUUGCUCUACACCUGCUUGAAUUUCAGGAAGAGAAAGUACUUUCUUUCCUUUCUCGCCACAGUCACCAGAUCUGAAUCCUACUUAUCUUCAUGAUGAAAAAAAGGAAAAUGUGAAAGUUAGUUUAUCAUCAGAAUACACUUACUUUUA